AUGGAGACUACAGCUCCCGACGUACUUGAACAAAAAGAGAUCAAGAAAGAUGUUUAUUCGGUGUGGGCGCUUCCACCGGAGGACGUGAGGCCCAGACUGAAAAAGCUGAUGGAGGGCCUCAGAUCGGAGUUCGGUGGACCGGAGUUUGAGCCUCACGUGACCGUCGUCGGGGCCAUUUCUUUAACGGAGAGUGAGGCACUUGACAUGUUUAAGAUGGCUUGUGAAGGCCUCAAGGCUUAUAAUGCUAGUGUGGACAAAGUUGCCACUGGAACUUUCUUUUACGAAUGCGUUUUUCUUUUGCUUCAUCCGACGUCUGAGUUGGUUCAGGCGAGUGCACACUGCAGCAAUCAGUUUGGUUACAAAAGCUCAACACCUUACCUGCCACAUUUGAGCCUCCUUUAUGCGGAUUUAACAGAUGAGGAGAAAAAGAAAGCCCAAGAGAAAGCUUCCAUCCUUGAUGAAAGCAUAGGCAGUUUGAACUUUCAGAUAUCUCGUCUGGCGUUGUACAAAACAGACACUAAAGACAAAAGCCUCAAAUCUUGGGAGAAAGUGGCGGAAAGCGACCUCAAACAUAACUAG